AUGAAAAACUUUGUUAAGGAACUCCUCCGAAAUGCCGAUAUUGAUAAUGAUCGUGCUAGAGUCGGUAUUGUGACUUAUAGCACCAGAGUAAACGUCGAAUUCGAACUGAAUACCUAUCAAACAAGCACAGACGUCGAUACCGCUGUUGGAAAUAUCAAAUACACGUAUGGUAGCACCAAUACAGCAGACGCCAUUGCCAAAAUGAGAGAAAUGUUUUCUCAAAGAAAUGGCGACAGACCAGGUGUUCCAAACGUCGGAAUAAUCAUCACAGAUGGUGUGUCUAACAUAAACUCCCGUCGAACCAUACCGGAAGCAGUAGGUGCAAGGGACCAAGACAAUAUCCAUGUAUACGCCAUAGGUAUUGGUUUAGCUGAUACAAGGGAGUUAGAUGGAAUGGCUUCUGUACCAAUUGAUGAAAACAGGUUCACAGUUAAGUCAUUUGACGAACUGAGAGGAUUCGACAGAAAAAUAUUUCAAGCUAUUUGCAAGGUUCCUGUAACUCUGCCUCCUUCAACAUCAAGUUGUGCUGGUGCAAAGAUUGAUCUGGUCAUUAUACUGGAUUCAUCAACAAGUGUUGGAGAUGCCAAUUAUAAAAAGAUGCUGACAUUUUGUAAAGAUUUUCUGACCAAUGCGGACAUAGAUUCAGGAAAUGUCAAGGUCGGUGUUUUAUCCUACAGCACAGGAGUCAAUGUUGAGUUCUAUCUCAAUAGUCAUUCGACCCAACAAGACAUAUUUAAUGCCAUUGACAAUAUUCCCUAUAGAUAUGGUAGUACCAACACAGCUGAUGGGUUAAAAACAAUGCGUACAGAUCUAUACACAUCACGUAAUGGCGACAGAGAUGGUGUCCCUAAUGUGGUGAUCAUAUUGACAGAUGGUGUAUCCAAUAUCAAUUCCAGAAGAACCAUUCCAGAAGCAGUUUUGGCGCGAGGUGACGGCAUACAUAUUUAUGCCGUAGGUAUCGGUUUACGGGAUACUAGAGAACUGGAUGCGAUAGCCACACCCCCUGCAUCAGAGAACAGUUUUAAUGUACAAAGUUUUGAUGAAUUAACAGCUUUAAGUGAAAAAGUGUUUCAAGCUUUCUGUCCAGUUGCAACAACAUCAGAGCCUGUUAAAGAACUGCAUGGUUAUGACAUCGUAAUUAUAGUAGAUUCGUCAGUUGACACAACUCAAUUUGCAUCCUUCCAGAAGUUUGCCCGAAGAUUCGUUAGACAAGCAAAAAUAGAAGACGGGGAAUAUAGAAUAGGUCUAUUACGUUAUAGUACGGAUGCUGAUGUUCAAUUUGAUUUGAAUUCAUAUGACACGACAAGAGAUGCUAGGUUCAAAGUGGACUCCAUGACACACAAGGCUGGUGACCCAAACACGGCAAAUGCAAUCGAUCAUGCUACACGACAGAUGUUCCGAACAGACAAGGGUGAUCGAGCAUAUGCAAGGAAUUAUAUAAUAUUAUUGACUGGCCAGGAUCGUAGUCUGAGUACAAAUGAGUCCUGGGCUGCAGCAGAGCGGGCAGAAGAUAACGGGAUACAGUUAUAUGUUGUAGGAUUAGAAAUAGAUGAUACAACAGAAUUAGAUGAGACUCCAUCACACCCACUGUCAACUUAUCAAUAUCUUACAAGAACAGAAAGAGAAAUGCUGGAGGUUCCUGAUAAAAUUAGAGAAACUUUACCCCCAAUGCCAAAGACUCCUCCACCAAUGAGACCAAGACCAAGAUUAGCUACACCCAUUCCUGUUACAUUACCAACACCAGCUGCAGGAGGAUGUGCAUUAGCUAAAGUAGAUAUGGUCAUUAUUCUUGAUUCUUCAACCAGCGUAGGAAGUGCUAACUACGAUAAAAUGAAAGAUUUCUGCAAAGAUUUUCUCAAAAAUGCUGACCUGGAUUCUGGUAAUGUACGUGUUGGUAUAUUGUCAUACAGUACAGCUGUUAAAGUUGAAUUCUACCUCAACAGCUUCUCUACCUCACAAGAAAUACUUGACGCAAUCGAUAACAUUCCUUAUCGUUAUGGCAGCACAAACACAGCCGAUAGUUUACAAAGAAUGAGAGAAGAAAUGUUUUCUGUUGCAAAUGGCGACCGUCUAGGUGUUCCAGACAUUUGUUUGAUUCUAACUGAUGGUGUAUCGAAUAUUAAUUCCAGAAGGACCAUUCCAGAGGCAGAGAAGUCUAGGGCAGCUGGUAUCCAUAUCUACGCUAUUGGUAUUGGAUUGCAAGAUACAAGGGAGUUGGAUGGAAUAGCUUCAGUACCUUCAAGUGAAAACAGCUUUAAUGUUCAAAGUUUUGAUGAAUUGUCUGUUUUGAGUGAACGAGUUUUCGAGGCAUUUUGUCCAGUUGCCACCACAGUGAAACCACAGGAAACCGGAUACGAUUUGGUCGUUAUUCUUGAUUCUUCCGUUUCCCAAGAAUAUUUUGAUUGGAUGACAACAUUUACCAAAAAUCUUGCUGAUACAGUUAGUAUCGACGAUGACGAAUUUAGAGUUGGUUUGUUGAGAUAUAGCACAGAUUCUAAUGUUCAAUUCAAUCUGAAGGACUAUCAGUCCAGUGGUGAUGUCCAGAAUGCUGUUGAUCAGGUCGGAUACAAAGGGGGAAUAACAAACACAGCCCAAGCCAUAGAUACUGCUAGAACCCAGAUGUUCAGACCUGACCAGGGGGAUCGUGACUAUGCCAGAAACUUUAUAUUGCUGAUAACUGGUCAGGAUAAGAGUUUGAGUACAAAUGAUGCUUGGCGAGCGGCAGAGAGAGCAGAGACAGACGGAAUCCAGUUAUAUGUUAUGGGAUUGAAUAUUAAUGAUCGUGAGGAACUGGAUGAAACCUCUUCUCAUCCUUUGAACACCUAUCAGUAUUUAUCAAGGAGUGAGAGAGAACUGGCUGAAGUUCCUCCACAGAUUUAUGCUGAUCUUCUUGGAAUGGCAAAGAAUCCACCUCCAAUGAGACCAAGACCAGUGAAACCUGAUGUAAAUAUUAAACCAUACAGAAGCACUGUACGUUACGGUGGACCUGUGACAAUAGAAUGUACAGUGAGGUCAGGUAUACCUGUCAAGGAAGUCACAUGGUAUCGAGUCCAAGGUGAUUCAAGGACACCUGUUGUAGUAGAUGGUAGAAAAUACAGUGGUUCUACAGUACGUGUACCCUCUCUUACCAUAAACAAUGCAGACUUCCAAGAUGAAGGUACCUAUGUAUGUACUGCAGAGAACGCUGCUGGUGUAGGAUCAAGUCCUAAUGGUGAUAUUGAUGUAACUGGAGGUUAG